CACCACUACGGCAAAGGCAUACGCCAACUCUUUAAUGGGACCCCGGAGGCCAUUUCUAUCCAUUCUUGUCAGAAUCUUACGAUAUACAGCCAUGCCACAAUGGUUAUAAUUCAGUUCCUGUUGUUGCUGAGUUUCUUGGACCAAAGCAAGCAGGAUUAUCUGUCUCCGAGGCUUGCUAGGACUUCAGGGGCGCCUUGUGCCAGGGGCCAGGCGUGUGACCCAAGGCAGCGGAGAGAUGCUGGGGGACGCGGUGGAGUCUACGAGCACCUCGGAGGAGCACCAAGAUGCAGAAAACUUUACUGUGCAACUAAAUAUCAUUUGCAAAUACACCCAAGCGGGAAAAUAGACGGUUCUCUUGAGGAAAACAACCAAUUUAGCAUCAUGGAGAUCACAGCAGUGGAUGUUGGAGUGGUAGCGAUAAAGGGGAUAUUUUCCGGGAGGUAUCUGGCCAUGAAUGAUAAAGGACGUCUAUACGCCUCGGAUGUGUUCAACCAGGAGUGUGAGUUCCUGGAGCGGAUUCAUGAGCUGGGCUACAACACAUAUGCUUCACGACACCACUCCACCCUGCAGCCCCCUGCAGUGGGUGGCAGUGGCAAACGACGAGCCAGUGCCAAGCGGCAGUGGUAUGUGUCCAUCAAUGGGAAAGGCCGGCCAAGGAGGGGCUUUAAGACACGCAGCACUGACAAAGCCUCCCUUUUCCUGCCUCGAGUGCUAGGCAAUAAGGACCAUGAGAUGGUGCGAAAGCUCCGUGACAGCCAGAGGCCUCCAGCUGGACAGCAGAGUCCCACUAUGGGCCGGGCUGAGCACCGGAGACGGAGACACCGGGCCCGUGGCAGAAAGGGCAGAACCAAGAGGCCUGGUGACUGACUGACACUCGCCACUGCCUGAGCAGUGGGCCCUAUUUCUCCGCUGAGGAGCACCAGUUCACGGCACAUGAAAAUGACCAAAAACGGACUUACUGAAAUAUCUGUUUUUAGAAGGAGAAAAUUUCACUUGGAUCAGUCAGUGGCAGCAAGCUAUACUUCAUUGUACAAGCUCCCGCCAUAAUCCUUGCUUGAGAUACAUGCAACUCGAACCAUCCCCCACAACUAUUGCAAUACCAACACAAGAUUUGCCUGGGAAUUCGAGUCAGGCACAUACAUCUAAAGUUAAAUCUACCACUACACAAGUAUGAAAGGAUGAUAGGUUUGGUGUUUGUUUUGUACAUACACGUGUGAAUGUGACUAAAGUCAACACAGCUGGAUAUCUUCUUACUGUCGUAUUACCUGGAAGAAGACAAGUUAUUUUUGUGUUCUUGUGGAACUUUUUAAAGAUCAGAAUUAAAAAAUGUUUUUUUAAAUUUCACCUUUAUUUAACCAGGUAGGCUAGUUGAGAACAAGUUCUCAUUUGCAACUGCGACCUGGCCAAGAUAAAGCAUAGCAGUGUGAACAGACAACACAUAGUUACACAUGGAGUAAACAAUUAACAAGUCAAUAACACAGUAGAAAAGAAAGAGAGUCUAUAUACAUUGUGUGCAAAAUGCAUGUAUAUAUGUGUACAGUUAUUUUUCAUAUCCGUUACAUUUAUCAGCAGCUUUAAGUUCAAGUAAGAACUGGACAUCAUUCAAGUGCUUACAGAGACCAAGUAGGUGGUAUGCGCCAUCAUUCAAGUGCUUACAGAGACCAAGUAGGUGGUAUGCGCCAUCAUUCAAGUGCUUACAGAGACCAAGUAGGUGGUAUGCGCCAUCAUUCAAGUGCUUACAGAGACCAAGUAGGUGGUAUGCGCCAUCAUUCAAGUGCUUACAAUGUCCAAGUAGGUGGUAUGCUCCAUCAUUCAAGUGCUUACAGAGACCAAGUAGGUGGUAUGCUCCAUCAUUCAAGUGCUUACAGAGACCAAGUAGGUGGUAUGCUCCAUCAUUCAAGUGCUUACAGAUGCCAAGGAGGUGGUAUGCUCCAUCAUUCAAGUGCUUACAGAUGCCAAGGAGGUGGUAUGCUCCAUCAUUCAAGUGCUUACAAAUGCCAAGGAGGUGGUAUGCUCCAUCAUUCAAGUGCUUACAGAUGCCAAGGAGGUGGUAUGCUCCAUCAUUCAAGUGCUUACAGAUGCCAAGGAGGUGGUAUGCUCCAUCAUUCAAGUGCUUACAGAUGCCAAGGAGGUGGUAUGCUCCAUCAUUCAAGUGCUUACAGAUGCCAAGGAGGUGGUAUGCUCCAUCAUUCAAGUGCUUACAGAUGCCAAGGAGGUGGUAUGCUCCAUCAUUCAAGUGCUUACAGAUGCCAAGGAGGUGGUAUGCUCCAGAGAAACAGAAAUACAGCAAAGCACUUUUUCAAACUAACAUAAAAAAGAAAACAAAUAAAAACAUGGGAACACUAUUAUUUUGAAAUGUACUUAUGAUGUGAUAGUGUACUGUCUGUAAACUGCGAGAAGUACUUUGUAUAUUGCCAAUGAUAUGAAUAUUUAUUUGGUACCUGUGUUUUUUAAAUUAUUGAUGAGAUUGUUUCUACAUUUACCAAUGUUAUUAUUUUUUACUUUGUUUUAACCAACCAGGCGUACCCCUCACUCAAAUGUAUGGUAACAAGAGAUAUUGUCAAAACAAAUUGUCAAACAUUACUUCGUUUUGUUAAUUGGUGUAACUGGCUAGUGCAACUGAACAGACAAAAUACAUUACAUUUACUUAUCAAAUCCUCUUUUUCCAUUUUUGGGCAUGAGAUCACACUCAACUGACUCCAUUUUGUCCUGCCCAUGACCACGUUUUGUACUUCAACCCAUGUUGGGAUAAACUCAGUUUUGAGUUUUGACACCACUGUUCCUACACCAAUUAGGCCUAGCUUUGGCCUUCCAUGUUGCUCAUAGAUUGCCAUUCUGUUCAGAGCAUGGGGGACACAGCUUCGUUCCACUCUAUGUUAACACAAAUAUGUAAUUGUCAUGAUUUUCAUUUCACCACCAAUCAAUUAUUUUAUGGUGAAUGUUGAGUCAUGAGGCUAUAGUGAACACUGUAACAUGUAAACAAUAAACUAUUGAGUA